AUGUUAUGGACCUUGGAGCAGGUGGAGGGCAUGCUAAAUGUCCUCAAACACUCGACAGAUCGAACUGUUGUGUACAAGUGCCUGGUUAAGUUGCGCACAGAUCUGGUUAAAGACAAGGAUGGAAUAGUUUUGUUUCGUACAGCUGGUGGCGUUCCCAUAAUGGUUCGUUUGAUAACCAAGCUAAAUGAAAAGAUCAUGGAAGUGGUUCUGAGUAUAUUGGGAAAUUGCUGCACUGACGAGCAGGCCUGCAUUGAGGCUGUCGAGUGCAAGGUAAUCUCUCCCCUGGUUACUAUUUUGAAGACAAUACCCAAUCCUGUGAUUCAAUGCCGCGCCUGCCGAAUGCUGGGCAAUCUGGCAAAGAGCAAGAAGGCAUCGCAGUUCCUCAAUGUGCAUUAUGCUGCGAUUGCUCCGGCCAUUUGUCACAUCAUUGAAUCCACAAGUUCUGUUCAGACGAGAAUUAUGGCAUUCCGCGUUUGUCGCUUCCUGCUGGUCAGCAGUCAGUUCCUUAGACAUUUUCUUGCUGCAAACGGAUUCCUGCAGAUGAUGCGGAUUUUUGUGGGUGUCAUGAAGAACACCGAGGCACCCAAGGAGCAACCAACCCAGGACAUUGAGGUGUCGGCGCUGAUGGGCCUAAAGCGGAACCAGCAUCGCGAGAAAUACUUCGAGGAGGUGGCCCGCAAUCUGGAGGGUGUGCGAAGCGAUAUCUUCGACCACCAGAUGUUAAAGUACUCGACGCGAAACUGCGACUAUGUGCUGCCCAAGGAAAACGAGGCCAUCGAGCUGGCGCAAGAGAUACUUAAAUGUCUUGUCUUGCUGUCUGCCCAACCGAUCGGCCUGAAGGCAUGGGAGCCUGUCUCGCGCACUUCUUCGCUGGCAUCGAUUGUUUACUUUGCCAAGGAGGACAGCGAUCAGCGAUCUUCAGCACUGAAGAUUCUUUCGAACUUCUGCAAGGAUCCCUACGCCUUCUACAUGCUGAGUACGGCGGAUGCCAUUGUGGCUGCCUGCGAGAUGCUCAUGGCUGUUAACAUGGCCAAGCCGCUGACAGAGAGCGAGAGCCGACAUUGCAUUAAUAUUGUAUCGACGCUGUCCACGGAUGCCUGUAGUCGCUCGAAAAUCCGACGCUGUGGAGCUCUGCGCAAGCUGGUGGCCAUGAUCCGGGACUCGCACUCCCAGAGCGAGCGCUCGUCACUGUUUCACAUCUUUAACAACUUUCAGUAUGACAACUUGAGCAUGGAGCUGUUGCUGUAUGAGGGUCUGGUUCCAUUGCUGGUUAGGGAACUGAACGACUAUCUGGUCAGCGAUGACGAGCAUCACAAACGUCGCCGUGAGGAGCGCCUGCAGGGUGGGAAGAAGCGAAAAAUAUCCGAGCUGGCCACACAGGAAACGACAAUCAAGUUUGCGAAAACUCUUGAUUCUUCGGACUUUGAUUCGCCCAGCAGUUCGCCGCGUUCGUAUCGCACCACCAGUCCGUGCAGCUCGCGCAGCAUGUCCCCAUCCUCGAAUCUGUUGGCCAAUGAUGAUGAUGAUAAUUAUUCACCGGCUUGCAGCGACGAUGAGGAUGAAGAUGAUAAUUCCACCACGAACAAUGACACGCGAGAUCGACGAAUAGCCGCCAAUCGUGCCCAGGCCUCGAAUGUCUUGGAUAUCUUAAAGCUAAUUGAUGACGGCAGUGAACCCAUUGACGACACUCUGUCCGACAAGGAAGACUUUGAGGAACUCAGUUCAGAUGUGCCUCCUUUGUCGCAGAUGUCCCAGUUUCGGAAUCAGGCAGGCGACACAAUAGACAUCAUUGAGAAUCUUCUGUACCGCAUUACCUUGAUGUUGAAUAAGCGAAUGGAGCUGGGCAAGCCGGAGACGCUGGAUACGCUCAUAAGGGCAAUCAAUUUGUUUGGUGCAAACAACAACUUUGCCAAUGCCCUGACAAAUAUUCUGCUGGAGAGCCAGUUCUUUGCCCAGAUCAUCAAACAUGGCGUGGUCCAUCAACUUUAUCAGCUCACAAAAGUGGAGGAGAUGCGCAAAGAUGGAUUUGCAUUUCUGGAAACGCUUACCAAUGUGGGCGAAUCGAAUUAUGGCAAAGAGGAGCUGGUACGACUCUUGCGCUGCGACGAUCCCAAUGCCCAGCAACGUGCUGCGAUAUCCGUGGCAUACAUCAUCAAGAACCCCCGUCUGCUGUAUCAGUUUCUCAAUGACGGAAAUGCCUUGAACUUGCUCUUUGAGCUGCUGCUACGCAAGAGCGAGGAUCUGUAUGCGGAUGAGGCAGCGGAUGCUGUAACAUCCAUGUCACGGUACACUCUGGGCAUCUCGUUGCCCGAAGCCGAUCCUGCGGACAGCACAGCUGGCAUCUGCACUCAGCAGUUGAAUGAUUCGACGCCAAUGCACGAGAACUGCGAUAUGCGAUUUAUUGUCAGCAAAGAAGGCGACGCCCCACAUAGUAUUGGCUUUAACAAGCAGCUGCUUUGCGAGAGCAGUGAGGUCUUCAACAGGAUGCUCAACAGCGACUUCCGCGAGGGCCAUCAUGGCGAGAUUCAGCUGCAGGACUAUACGGCCUGCGGUCUGCGAUAUUUUCUGCAUUUAAUUGGCUGCCACGAGCAGCACUUGGGCCAGCCAAAUUACUCCGCCUUGAUUCAGGCAUUCGAGAUGUCUCGCGUGUACAUUAUACCCGAGUUGGAGGUCAUUUUGCAACAGCGUCUCGUCCAGUUCCUAGAUGCCCACAACUGCCUGCGUCUGCUUGAGUGGGCUCUGAAGAACUACCACGCAGACUUAACUGAGACGGCCAUCAGCUUCUAUCUCUCCUCGGCACUGCCCGCGCAAGAAAAGCUUCUGCUUUUCCGUGCCGCCGAGGACUCGACCUAUGCCAGCGAGUGGUUCCAGCUGCUCAAUGAUGCGGUCUUCGAGCGAUGCCGCAGCACCGGCUACUAAACCACCUCCAUUCUGUGAUUGUGUUUUCCUUUCUAUUUGUUUUUAUGAUGUGUGUGUGUGUUAUAUGUGUAUGUAUACUUAGUGCAUGUUUGUGUUUGUAACCCAUUCCAAGAGAAGACAGGACAGGACCGAAAGGCGGACCCCUGGGUGCAUUUUACUCAAUUUUAUUAGCCACAGCCCUAGCCAAGUAUUUUAAUGUGCUCCAGUAAAUGUUUAGACUACCAACUACCCAA